AGUGAAAAGAUGAACAUAACGUGAAGAGCAUUUGAUUUGUUAAGAAGGUUAAAUAGAAAAAAACAAAAGAUUCAAUAAAAAAUAGUAAGAAACGUUCGAGGAGUUGUAAGAAAUUCAAUGAUGUUUUUAACUAAAAAUUGAAUGUAACAAAUUCAACUGCAGCCCAUCUUAAAAUUAGGAAAGAUGGAAAGAUAGAGCGCAUCAAAACACCUUAGCCCAAUCUAUAGGGCCCAGAUAUUAGAUCUUGCUUUGGAGUUUGAAGUUUUAGACUUCCCCAAAAUCCGUGAGAGAGAAAGGGGGAGAGCGCCAUGGCCUCCUCCAAGAAACCCAAAGAAGAAGGAAACAACAAGAAGAAGAGCAACAGCACCCCUGCUAAAGAGACAAAAAAAGCCAUAGAAAAACCGGACAAGAAAGCCAGUACCCAAAAAAAACCUAACAAGUCAAAGCCAAAGGCAGACAAUAACAAAAACAAGAGCAGCAAUGGAACCCUGGUCGAGUCCGAGGUUAUUGCUGACCCAUCUUCAAACACUGAAUCAAGAGAACAAGAAAACGGAAACAAGACCAACAAGAAUGUUAAACCCAAUAAGAGGAAACGCAAGGAAAAAGUAGAAGAGAAUGAGGAAGAAGAAGCAAAGAUGUUUACGUUUCCUAUGAAUAGAAUAAAGAGGAUAAUUAAGAGUGAAGAUUCCCGUAUGGCUAUUUCUCAAGAUGUUGUUUUUGUUGUUAAUAAAGCCACGGAAAAAUUCCUCGAACAAUUUUGUGAAGAUGGAUACAAAUGCUCUGUGGAAGAUCGCAAGAAAUCGCUUAGUUACAAGCACCUAUGUGAACCAUGAACUAAUUUGAGAUCUGAUGAUUUCAAAAUUUUAAUCUGCCGUUUCUCUGCACCAGUAUGAAUCUUAAAUAUCUCAAAAAGCCUAGUCUCUUUCCAUUGCUUGUGAUUGGUAUACAUGUUAUGGGUGCUUGAAAUUAUAUUAAGAUUCUCCGGAUGUUUUUUCCAUGUAUAUAUAUAUAUUUCAUCUAUAAUUUAAUAUUUUAUGAAGUAUAUAAUUGAAUGAUAUUAUAUUUUUCAUUUCUUGAAAAGUGGAUUGUAUACAACUUCAUAUUGCUUUUAUCGUGUUGCUCAAACCCGUUUUAAAAGAAUUUGAUAUUUUUGUUGC